AUGGACGUCCCCACGGACGUGCUGGUGAAGAUACUGCUGCUACUCUCGCCAAUCUGCCGGCGGCGGCUCCGACUCGUCUGCCGGCUCUGGCGCGACCUAGUCCACGAGCGCACCCCCAAGAUACAGAUCGCCCCGGCCAGGCCUCUCAUCGAGACGGUGUAUCCCCGUGCAUACAUCGUCGACGACGUCCAAGGGCGUGGCGGAUGCACUCCGCUGUGGACGACGGGCCACGACGAAGCGUACACGGCGAUGCAGCUAGUCGGCAGCUGCAACGGCCUGCUGUGCCUGUGCGACAACCACAGACCCGGUGGCGCCAUAACCUUGGUCAACCCUGCCACCGGCGAGGCUCUGGGCCUCCCGCCGAUCCCAGGCGCCGGCCGGUUGAGGCGCCCCAAGACCGGCUGGCAUCACGCAUACGGCUUCGCGUACCACUCGGUCACGGGGCAGUACAAGAUCGUGCGUGCCUCGUCCGACGAAGACAAGGUGCAGGUGUUCGCGCUCGGGGAAGCCUCGUCGUGGAGGGAUGUGCCAGCCCCUGAUGGGAGAUGCAGGCUCGACGCCGGCGUCGUCGGCCUAGACGGGGCAGCAUACUGGGUCGCCCUCAGCGAGAAGGGAGCCGAGAGAAUCAUGUCGUUGGAUCUCGAGGACUGCUCCGUCGCGUCCAUCGAGUCACCGCCGGAGCCUAUCCGCCACCUGGCGGAGGUGCGUGGGAAGCUGGCCGCCGUCAUUAGUGAUGGCGUCAUGGCGCAUGAGAAGAUCCAGGUGUGGAUUCUCGAGGGUGAGGGGAUGGAACGAAGCUGGAACCAUCGUUACAGCGUGCAGCUGCCACGACGAGGACUGCAGGAGCAUCCGCUGCCGAGGCCAGGGCAGCGGCUCGCGCGGCCACACCUGGGUCAUGGCAUGUCCACCAUCCUGACGCACGGGACAUGGCUGGGCGAUGUGCUGGUCCUAUAUGAGCACACGCCCACAAGCUCGCCGUGCAUGCACUAG